AUGGCUAGACUUGGUCUGAUUUGCUUAGUUCUAGCCGGGUUCAUGGUGCUUCAAGCCACCAUGGCUGAUAAAUCCCAGGAUUUGGAGCUGAAUCCAUUUGAGGAAGUGAAGUUCCAAGAUGGGGUUUUUGUCAGAGAAGCAGAACACUCUGUUUCUGUUGCUGCAGAGCCAUCAUCUGAGAGUAUGCAGGAAGCCCAAGGAGCUGAAGCUCCAACUAGCAGGCGUUUGGGACCAGGAAAGCAUCACUCCUCUGAUAAGUCUAUGGCUGGAGGAGGUGUCAUUAUUGGUGGCCUUGUAACUACCAUUUUUGCAGCUGUUUUCUGCUACAUCAGGGUUACUAGAAGAAGGGGCGGUGUUCAUUAA